AGGGGCGGGGCCAAAGCUGCGCGCCCAAUCGGGGCGACGCCUUCGUCUUGCGGUGGGACUCGUGAGGUAACCUGCUCUUAGGAACCAGCAGUAUGGCGUCGGGCUGCAAGAUUGGCCCGUCUAUCCUCAACAGCGACCUGGCCAAUUUAGGGGCCGAGUGCCUCCGGAUGCUAGACUCUGGGGCGGAUUAUCUGCACCUGGAUGUAAUGGACGGGCAUUUUGUUCCCAACAUCACCUUUGGUCACCCUGUGGUAGAAAGCCUCCGAAAGCAGCUAGGCCAGGACCCUUUCUUUGACAUGCACAUGAUGGUGGCCAGGCCGGAACAGUGGGUAAAGCCAAUGGCUGUAGCAGGAGCCAAUCAGUACACCUUUCAUCUUGAGGCGACUGAGAACCCAGGGGCUUUAAUUAAAGACAUUCGGGAGAAUGGAAUGAAAGUUGGCCUUGCCAUCAAACCAGGAACUACGGUUGAGUAUUUGGCACCAUGGGCUAAUCAAAUAGAUAUGGCCUUGGUUAUGACAGUGGAACCUGGGUUUGGAGGGCAGAAAUUCAUGGAAGAUAUGAUGCCAAAGGUUCACUGGUUGAGGACCCAGUUCCCAUCUUUGGAUAUAGAGGUCGAUGGUGGAGUAGGUCCUGACACUGUCCAUAAGUGUGCAGAGGCAGGAGCUAACAUGAUUGUGUCUGGCAGUGCCAUUAUGAGGAGUGAAGACCCCAGAUCCGUGAUCAACCUGUUAAGAAAUGUUUGCUCAGAAGCUGCUCAGAAACGUUCUCUUGAUCGAUGAAACCAUAAGGAGCCCAGUGUUUCUGCUCAUGAAUUCUCUAUUGUAAAACAGGAAUAUUGACUACCAAAUCAUAUUGCAGUUGAGGCAGUACUGUUUUUCAAAGCAAUUAUUCAUUCCAGUGAUUAAAAUCUAUUGUGCAGAAUGUUCUAAGAGGUUAGCAAUUGGUGUGUAUAACUGCAUUUUUAGUCAUGCAAUUUAAAGAUUAAUGUAGUGAAAUACUCAGUUUUUACUGGGAGACUUGAUUUUUAUGAAGAGUAAAAAUAGUCUGUAUUAAGGUUACAAAUAGAAAUGUGUCUUAAUGCCUAAGGGAGGGCAUAUUAGCUAUAUGAAAAAAAUUUUUUUGUAUUUCUAAGAAAAAUUUUCUGUUUCUCAGCUGUUUUCCAAAUGCAAAGGAAAUCCUUAUGUUUUUCCUAUUUCAUGUCAUUUGUGAUUUGUUUAUAUGCUUGAUAAUAUGAGAAGAAUGGAAUUUAAAAAUAUAAGCUUGGGUGGGAUGGCAUACCAUAUUAUUGCAUCUAAAACAUUUAUUUUUACCUUAUACUUGACUCAUAAAAAGUAUAAAAACAAAUAUAUGAAGCCCAGGGGUUCUAAAAUACAAGCAUAGAUUUUAUCAGGGUGUUUUCUUUGUCAAAAGCAGGUUAUUCGGUGAUUCCUCACCCCUGGUUUUCUCUAAUCUCACCCACCAUUCUUAAGAACAUUGAAUAACGCUGUUGUGUUAGCUCUACGUAGAAAGGAGAAAAGUAAAGCCUCUAUCUGGAAAUAAUAUUGGGUUGAAUUCCGACUCUUUCCCUCUCUAGCUAUUUAACCUUAACAAAUCACCCAAACUUUUUUGUGCUUUUCUUAACUCACUUAUACAUUGAAUGUAAUUAUAACAACUCUGAGGUGGUGUUGAGGAUUUAAAAAGGUAAUAGCAUAUAUGUGAAGUUUCUAGUACUAUUCCUAGAAUUUAGAAGAUGCUCAAUACAAAGUGGCUAGAAUCAUAUAAGUUUAUAUUUUGUGGGCUAUAAAGUUCUUUGAUAUUUGCUUAUUAAAUCUAUAAAUCACUCUUGUAAGUGGUAGUAAGGCAGGUAUUUUUGUUGUCAUUUUAAAAAUGAAGAAACUAAAGCUCAGCAAUAGGAUGGUACCAUGGAAAGGAUCCUACUGGCAUAGGAUUUCUGAUCUGUACUCUUACUACAAUUAGAACCCAUGGGAAGUGGGUUAGGCAAAAGAAGCUUCUUUUUAUUUAACAUUGUCUUAUUUCCAGUCUAACUUUAUCCUGUAGCAGAAUCAGAUGGCUGAAAAUAUUCUGGAACUAUGGAUCUUGACCCCAAGGAUAUAUAUUUUAUACCAAGAAAGACCAGGUAGGCUAAAAGAUGAUAGGGUCUAGAGUUAAUCUAUAAACUAAAUAUUUAUAACUGUGUUUGAAAUUAUAGAGACUACAAAUAUGUGUCGGCUACUUGUAUUUCUUAUAAAUACUCUUGCUAUAUAAUAAAUGCAGCCAAAAAAAUAACAGGACCAAUAUCAUUAAACUUCUGGGGUAUUAUGAGUUUUGAGAAAUAAAGUUUGCAAAAUAAGAAUGCUAACACUUAAGCAUAGAAUAGAGUUUGCUUGGGUUUUUUCUUACAUUAUUAGGUAAUAAUUUGUUUCUUAAUGUUUAUUUUUAUUUUGGCUUAGGAAAGGUUUAUACCAGGAAUAGGUGGUAUUUAAUCAAAUCAGACAACACAAGGCAUAUAGAAAUAACUUUAAUUAAAAAAUUUACAUAGAAGAUUAUAAUAUGAGACAUGACAAAGAUUUGAAUUUAUUUGCCUGGACAAUUUGGGUUUGUCUGGCUUUUGUUUUUUUUUAUUUUUUGUUUUGUUUUUUUUUUUCUUUAAAAAUAAAUGUACAGUAAAACUACCAGCAAAAGUUUGUCAGUAUUGAAUUUGAAUUUAUUUUUUCCCUAAAAGGACCAGUAUAAUUUCUAAUGCCUGGCUAAAACUUAGUGUCAAACCCCAUAGAGUAGGCCAGAUGGCCACGAUUUUCAGUUGUAUGGGUACUACAACUUGAAUAACUUUUUUUACAUGACAAAAGUGAUUUAUAUAAAUUGUCCUCAACUUUCACAUAGAAAAAAUGGUAUAAUAGCUUCUAAAGGAAUUUUUAUUAAUGUCUACUCUUCAGUAUCUAAUAAUGAAGCAUCAUCCUUUGAAAAAUUUUAAUUCUCAAUGUAGGAUGCAAGGAGGAAUAGAUGCUUAUUUGAAUAGAGUAAGCGAUGUCGAGGAAUGACCACAUUAGCUAGAAAUACAACCAUUUUAAAAAAAUUUUAUACUGAUAGGACUUUCCUAUUUGUUGCUCAUUUUAACUCUAAUAUGCUUGCUUAUUCUGUUAGGAGUGAACAGAAAGCCUGUGGUUAGUCCAACAGAUAUCAGUGAUUUUUGAAUAAAGGAAUAUUGUGUUAUCUGG